AUGGCUCAAGCAGCAGACGGCUCCGUCACCAUUGAUGUCUCAACCUACGAUGUAUUUGCCGCCAAACAGUUUGCGGGAAACCAACUGGCCGUGUUCUCGGGAGCGGCGUGUCAAGAUCUCACCACGGAGCAAAUGCAGCAGCUUGCCAAGGAAAUGAACUAUGCCGAAUCCACGUUCAUUCUGCCACCAUCAAAGCAGCCAGCAGCAACAACGGAAUAUGUACAUCGUUUUGGAUACCGCAUAUUUACACCAACUUGCGAGCUUCCAUUUGCCGGACAUCCCACCUUGGGGACGGCCUAUCACGCCUUGCAACGGUUGCUUCCUAGAGAUGAUGGAACAACAACAAAGUCGGUCCUCUUGGAGUGCCAAGGAGGGACCAUUCCAGUCUCACAGGACAAAGCCGAUGGUUGUCUAUGGAUGGAACAACAACCUCCCAAAUUAGAAAUGCAACAGAAGAAUGCUAGUAUUGACUUAGAAGAGGUUGCCCAAGCACUCGAUUGCGACAUGGACGCGCUCGAUCCCAAAUAUCCAGCUCACGUAUUUUCUACGGGAGGGACCUGUUUCCUGGUUGUGGCCGUCAAAUCCUUGCCACAGUUGCAAACCAUUCAUCAUCCGGGUCCCACCAUGUUUCCCUUUUGCCACCGCUGGGGUGCCGUUGGGAUCUAUCUAGUCACUAAGGAAGGCCGUGAUGCGUCCCAUUCCAUUUCGGCUCGAUCCAUGAUUGCCGAAAUGGCCGUGCCCGAAGAUCCUGCCACGGGGAGUGCCUGUGGGUGUUUUGCGGGCUGGGCGGUUCAUACCGGGUUUCUCGAUCAAUCAUCACGUGAUGAGGACAAAACGUUUACCGUUGGGCAAGGCCAUGAAAUGGGACGCCCGUCCCUCUUGCGAGUGCGAGUUGACACCAAGGAACAUGCCAACAACCUCAAAGUUCAGAGCGCAUCGACGAGGCAUCAACGCAGCGGCGGGCCAUCUCGCGAAUGCUUCCCCAGCAGUCGAAGGAGAUUAUCAAAGUUUUCGUCAGUGCGGUCUAGUAUCCCUCGAAGCUUGACUUAUUAA